GACUUCUCAAAGGUGGACAGAGAGAGAGAGAGAGGCACGAAGUCAGUGCAGUGCAUCGACUGACUGCUCGCCGCGUUAUCCUUCCCAGGGGAGGGGAAAUCCGCACACAAACUGCAAGGAUCACGACUUCUUCUACUCUACUCCUCCCGAAUAGCCAGGGGUUGAAGAUGGAGUGGGGUAUCUUUGUCCUGGCGUUGUCGCUUAGCUCACUGUACACCGUCCACGCAGACUGCGCCAACUGGUGUUCGGCGUGUAAUUCGGUGCUGGACAACUCGGUCAAGUCACUGACGUGCACUUUAGAGUGUGAAGGGGUGGUGCUGACCGUUGGCGAAUGGGAGAGAUGUGACAAGGCACUUUGGUUGUACAACUCUGACCCUUUGGGCUUUGUAGACAACGUUCUUGGUGCCCCGGUCCCUGAUGAAGAUGAAGCUAAAGCUAAAAGUGUCGAGUCAUUCGCUGGAAACCAGCACCACGGUCCUGCAAAACGUUAUGGAGGAUUUAUGAAAAAAGUUUACAAGACCAGAGUGAAUGGCCGAGAAAAUGGAUACGGCAAGGGCCAAGAUCUUAAAUACGGAGGCUUUCUGCAGAAGUUUGGUGAGAGGGAUGCGUCUGAUUUAGAGAGGAGCUUCCAGGAGCUUGCGACUGCGACGGAGAAUGCGCUGGCAGAAAAUGAGGAGGAUGGUCCUCCGGCCGUAGAACUGAAGCGCUACGGAGGAUUCAUGAAGGGAUUUGGCUACAAAAGAAGCGCCGAGCUGACGGACGAGGACUAUCCAAACGUGGAGCUGCAGAAAAGAUACGGAGGCUUCAUGAGAAGAAUUGGCAGACCGAGAUAUAAAUGGGAUAACCAAAAACGAUACGGCGGCUUCCUGAGACGCAAUUUUCGGGUCUCGGUGAGGUCAGAUGAUGGCAAAUCUAAUGAUUACACUGAAGAAGCUUCAGACUUAUAAAACAGCCAAAGGCAUUUGAGUCUUGAUGUGAAAAAUGUAGACUGCCAAGAUACAUGCAGUAUUUAAACUCUAUGUAAUGCUUGAACGCACAGAUAUUUUUGCUAUUAUGCUUACAUUGGGCUGGCUAAAAAGCAAAUUGAUUGUUUUCUGUGGUUUAUGUGAAUCUAAUAAAAACGGUCUCUGGACCGCACAGCAACUCAUUUCUGUUUGCCUCCUGUUAUGGCGCGUGUCUCGAUGUUAAAGUUGAUCUUUCAUGUGUGUGGUUUAAUAAAAUAAGGAAUUUC